AUGCCACCCGUCGACUACUCCUCCACGCUCGCGACACUGCGCGCCCAGCAAGCCGCGCAACCACUCUCGAUCCUCGCGCUCGCGGAGCCGAUCACCUCGUCCCAACAACAGCAACCUCAGCCUCAAGCAGCCUCCCGUCCAUCAGACACGCUCUCGGCCUCAGAAGCCGACUCCUCCUCUCUGGCACUCACGCCCGCGACCUUGGCGGCCGACCUCACGCACUACAAGGACCUGUUCUCGAAGCUCCGCUUCAGCUACCUCGAACAGGUCACCAAGGAGAAAUACCUGCGCAGCAUCGUGGGCGAUCCGCCCCUCCUGGUCAGCCAUGGCGACAACCUGGCGCUCGAGCAGACGCUGGCGACCAUGAAACACGACCUCAAGGCCAAGAAAGAGGAGGUCGACGCGCUGGUCGCCGCCAUGGAGGAGCGGGCGCGGGACGUCGCGCAGCGGUACGACGCCGUGCAGGAGGGGAUGGACGUGCUGGACCGGGUGCCGCUCGAGAUCGAGGAGCUGAGGCGCGAAGUUGAGAGGUUGGGCGCCGAAAUUGCCGCCCGGCGUGGCGAACGGCACGACGGACCACCUUCCGAUCCGAGGAUGAGGAUGUCGUUGGCGGAGACGGAGGAGGCGCUCGCGGCCCAGAGGGCCAGAAAUGCCGAGGUCGAUCGCAUGAUUGCCGAUCUGCAGGACAGGAUGCCGGCGAGGGUGCGGGACGUGGAGAGCAUGGACCGCGAAUUGGCCGAGUUGGAGAGGAGACGGAACGAGGCUGCGAGGUUGGCCGUGGAAGGGAGACGGAGGAGAGAGGAACAAGGCGGCAGGGACGAGAUGGAGGAGCUGGGCCGGUGGUACAGAGCGAGCGAGGGCGUUAUGAAGGGGUUGAUGGGCGUGGAAGGGACGGUUGGGUAG